GCAGUGUCACAAGUUUUUCUUGUGUCUCUUGCUUUAUACACUGCUGUGGUUUGCACUCACACUAGUUAUAUUUAGCUGGUGCAAGCAACUAUGUGCUGUGUUCCUGUGUGCCUUUUUCCUUAAGGGGCAGGGUUACGGCAGUGAGGGUCGGGGAGAUGGUCAGUUUUAAUCCGUGGGAUUGGCUGUUGAAGUGACUUCUGGGAUGCAGGGAGUGGUUUCCUGCUCAAGCUGCUGUUUUUUGGUCAGAAAGUAUUUGCUCUGUGGGGUGUGAGAAAACAUUUAAACAUCCAGGGAAAUCAAGGCACCUUUUCUGGAGUAUUGUGGAAUUGAACUGGGAACUGAAAGGAGGCACGCACUAAUGUCCAAACCAGCACCGUCCCCUGGUGCAGCACAGACAGCCACCAUGAAACCUACUGAAACAAAGGGAACGCAAGCUGCAAAAAUAGAUCCUGCCAAGACUGUGGAAGCAAAGCAGCCAACAGCUUCCUCUGCCAGUGCACCAGCUGCCGUAAAGCCAAAAGAAACCACGCCCAAGGAUCAGAAGCCCUCUCUGGGCACUGCUACAGCCACCACCACAGCUGCUGCUGCUGCUGUUGCUACUUGCAAGGAAAGUGCUGAGAAAAAAGACAAGGAUGUGACAGGCGCUGUAUCAGCCAGCUUAAAAAGCUCUCCAAAGCCUCCUGCUGACAAGAAAGCCAAGGUUGAGGAGAGUUCAGGGAUGUCCUUGGAUGCUUUGGAUGCACUUGGAGACACGCUUGGUGUUGCAGAAGUGGAACCACAAGCCCCCAAACCUCUUCCUAAAGAUAUCAUUCAGGAAAACUUAACUGCUGAGAAAUAUAAGGGGAGAGUUGGGGAGAGAGAAGACUCUCUUCCACCUAACUAUAGAUUUGGUGGUACUAAUAAAGACACACCCAUACCCAAAGCAAAGGAGGAAGACAAGACCCCAAUGGAUGACAUAGCUGCUCUUGAUGCUCUAGCAGGAGAUUUUGUCUCCUCUGCCACCAGUCCCAAUGUACAGUCUGCACCGGCCCCUUCUGCAGCAACACCAAAGCCACAGCAGGUGCCAAAAGGUGUUUGCAAAUUGGCUGCAAAAACAGAUCCUGCCAAGACUGUGGAAGCAAAGCAGCCAACAGCUUCCUCUGCCAGUGCACCAGCUGCUGUAAAGCCAAAAGAAACCACGCCCAUGGAUCAGAAGUCCUCUCUGGGCACUGCUACAGCCACCACCACCGCUGCUGCUGCUGGCAAGGAAAGUGCUGAGAGUUCAGGGAUGUCCUUGGAUGCUUUGGAUGCUCUUGGAGACACGCUUGGUGUUGCAGAAGUGGAACCACAAGCCCCCAAACCUCUUCCUAAAGAUAUCAUUCAGGAAAGCUUAACUGCUGAGAAAUAUAAGGGGAGAGUUGGGGAGAGAGAAGACUCUCUUCCACCUAACUAUAGAUUUGGUGGUACUAAUAAAGACACACCCAUACCCAAAGCAAAGGAGGAAGACAAGACCCCAAUGGAUGACAUGGCUGCUCUUGAUGCUCUGGCAGGAGAUUUUGUCUCCUCUGCCCCCAGUCCCAAUGUGCAUUCUGCACCGGCCCCUUCUGCAGCAACACCAAAGACACAGCAGACAUCAAUGGACAAUACCUCAGCUCUGGACGCCCUGGCAGGAGAUUUUGUCUGCCCGGACGUCAGCCCCAAAGUGCACGCUGCAGCCGCGCCCACAUCUCAACCCUGCGCUGCAGCAAAGCCACAGAAUGUUUCACGGCAGGAGUCCAGAGGCACCACUGCUGCACUGGAUGCCCUUUCAGACACCUUGCUGCCAGACGAGCUCCCACCCGCACCCAAACCAGUCCCUGCAUCUGCUGUUGUCAAGGAAGCCAAGGUUACCGAGGAAACACUCGAGAGACUGGGAGACCGGGAUGAUACUCUCCCACCAGAAUACAGAUUCCUGGUUGACAAGGACAAAGAUAAGAAUGGAGUUAAACCAAAAGAGAAGCCAAAGGAAACAAUGGGAGACAGUGCAGCAUUAGACGCUCUGGCAGGAGAUUUUGACUCCCCUGCAGUCGCCCCUACGGUCCAGUGCACAGCCGCCCCCACUGUCCAGUCCAGUGUCCAGUCCAGUACAGCCAGGUCUCAGCCAGUCUCACGGCAGGAGUCCAGAGGCACCACUGCUGCACUGGAUGCCCUUUCAGACACCUUGCUGCCAGACGAGCUCCCACCCGCACCCAAACCAGUCCCUGCGUCUGCUGUUGUCAAGGAAGCCAAGGUUACCGAGGAAACACUCGAGAGACUGGGAGACCGGGAUGAUACUCUCCCACCAGAAUACAGAUUCCUGGUUGACAAGGACAAAGAUAAGAAUGGAGUUAAACCAAAAGAGAAGCCAAAGGAAACAAUGGGAGACAGUGCAGCAUUAGACGCUCUGGCAGGAGAUUUUGACUCCCCUGCAGUCGCCCCUACGGUCCAGUGCACAGCCGCCCCCACUGUCCAGUCCCAAGCCGCCCCCACUGUCCAGUCCAGUACAGCCAGGUCUCAGCCAGUCUCACGGCAGGAGUCCAGAGGCACCACUGCUGCACUGGAUGCCCUUUCAGACACCUUGCUGCCAGACGAGCUCCCACCCGCACCCAAACCAGUCCCUGCGUCUGCUGUUGUCAAGGAUAAAAUGACUGAUAAACACCAACCAAAGCUGGGAGAGGAUGAGAACACAAUCCCUGAGCAAUACAGAUUUAAAGAUGAAAAGGGAAAGGGAGGGAAAGAUGCAAGCAAGCAAGUGGUAAAACCUAAAGAUCCAGCACAGAUUGAUAAAGAAAAAGGAGAUGCCCUUGAUUCCUUAUCUAUGGGAUUUACAUCAGACUCUUCACCUCAGAAAAAGGCUGAAGACAAGAAAGAGGUCCCCAGCUCUACUCCAGCAGCAGCAAAACCUAAGACACAGAGCACAGACCCAAGUCAACCCCCCAAGCAGGCAAAGCAGCAGCUGGCAGAGACAACAACUGAUCCCAAGAAAACAAGUAAAAGCUAAACCCUGAGAGGUGCACAAUUAAAGGCUUGCUUAUCCUCUCUUUUUGUUACUGGGACUGGGGUUCCAGGCUGCUGUACCAAACGGCUGAUAGUGUUUUUCAUUUAUUUUUAUUUUUUUCCCCAACUCUCUGUACACUGGCUUUCCUGCAAGUUUAAGCACAAAAGAGUUAGACUAACCAGAUUCUCUACCUAUGUAGCUAUGUAUAAGAAGUUUUGUCUUAUUUCUGUUGUAUAAAUCACAUCUCUGUUGUCAAGGACUAAAAUGAUAUAUAUAUAUCCUUCAACCAGAUUUGUGACUGUGGAUGGCAGUGUAUAUAGAGUCUCGCCAGUGCCAGUACUCUCCUGUGCAAAAAGCUCAGAACUGCAGCAUUUCUCAAUUGAAGCCUGCAGUGCCCUUUACUGGAAACCUCUAUCACUGGGUGUUAACUGUGCUGUGCUGGCAGCGUAACCAGCAUUUUGCAUCAUUUACUGGAGAAGGUUUACAAAACUAGGCUCUUUUGGGGGGCUGGCAGGGGGGCAGGAAAGGUGCAAUGAUCACUAGCAAGCAGACCCAGAUCAGGGUCAGAUCCAUGAGAACAUCAGUAAAGCAGUCAUAUUACAGUCAAGCAGGCAUGCAUGCAACACACGCGCAGUUGAGAGGUGCUUUUAUUAUACAGGUGAUUUUAACAUGGGAAAUAUAUACAAAGGGAUGUAUUGCAUAGAUAGAGGGCUAUCGUUUACUGAUGAUCUUUACACACCUUCCAUUAUUAUUGUAAGCUAUGACAGCAGUAGUGCAUAUUAAGUAAUACCUAAAGAAACUUCUAACUCUAUUACAAACUUUCCUAGUGGAAAGUCCUCCAAAAUGACUACUAGUCAAAACUGUUGCCCUUGAAUAUCUGUUUCUUUUAGUAUUACUUUAAUAUAACACUUGAGUGUUUUAUAGUUCAGAAUGGUGAUAUCACAUUUCUCUUUACUCAGUGUUCAUAAAACAUAAUCACGAAAUUACAAAUCCAGGUGUUUUUUUUUGUUUUGUUUUUUAUAAUAACAUAUAAAGGCGAACCUUCUCGUUCUUGGUUGAAUUCCUGUUUUCAUUAAACCUGGUUUGUAUAUUAAAAGCUUGUAAGAAUGGAUUCUGUAACUUUGGAUUUCAUUACGAGUAUAGGAAAUGCUGCACUACAUUGUAUAAAAUUGGAAAUUGCAUUCUUUUUGUCUGGCUUUUUGGGUACUUUAUUAAAAUACGAAUUUCAAAGCGAUAUAAAAAAAGCUAAAUAAAAUAACUUUAUAUUGUG